CUACAUACGCCUAAUGCAUGUCCCUUCCGUUACUUCUCUAAGAUGUUGAACUAAUCGACUACCGUCAACACAGAUGCAUGUGCCAUAAAUUUCAAUUGUUAUUAUGGGUGAACCCGGUGACUCUUCUUUUAGCUUUGCCUGCAUCUUACCUUUAUUUUCCGCUCGAUGUUGCCUACCGACUUGUCCAUUCCUGAAUCGAUAAUGGAUUGAUUAGUUAGUAGAAGAAGCCAGACAGCCAUCUACUAUUCUGAGUAUUAACAAAGCCAUGGAAAAUCCUUGACCCGCUACAAAAACAUUAAUGAAAACACCCUUGGCUGUGAUUGUCGACCACUUGGGUGCCCUUCCCCCGAUAUUGUGCAAUGAAUGAGCGAUAUCUCCCCACUGCCCUCAUAACCCGUACAAUUGAUAGACAAGCACACUCUUGACCGAGCACAAGAAUGCGAACCUUUGGAUUCAUGCGCAAACUCAAUCAGCAGGCCCGUUCUCCAUCUCUCUAUUCAUCUCUGCUCUUGUUCGACAGCACUCUUUGCUCCUAGGGUCGGCUGACCGGUCUCAUUCUUAACAUCAUCAGUAUAUUACUAAUACUUUACUUAAUCCUCUUCAUUGCCUCUCUCCUUUCUCUCCCUUUGUUCCUGUUCUGCAUUUGCUUCCUUCCAGACCGUGCAUUUUAAAGUUCACGACCCGAAAAUGCAUUGCAAGGGCGGCUCAAGGGAGAACACGAUCAGUCGAUAUCAUCACGAGAACAAGUACAGCAUGCACCACCGAGGACUGCCCCCCGGGAUGCGGCAUUUCGACGAAGAAGCGCCACCUCCCCUGCCACCUCCGCCACAACAACAGCAACACUACGGCCGGCCCGGGCCGCCGGGGCCGCCCGGCCAUCCUGGUCCGCCUCCACCGCCUGUGCCCCCGCUUGUCCCGCCCAACCCCGACUGUGACAUGAAGGAAUUGAACAAAAUGUUCGGAAUGACGGCCUCGGACAUUGACAAGUACAGUCGGAUCAUGUUCCCCGUCACUUUCACUUGCUUCCAACUCAUGUACUGGAUCAUCUACCAGCACCUCAGCGAUAACGUGGUCGAGGAUCUUGUGUACCUCCAUGGCGAAUAGACUGAAGAAGAGCGUAAAUAAUCAUCCGAAAACAAGGUCGAUCUCGAAUAUGGUUCCCAUCAAACCCAAGCACGUCCAUGAAAUGAGCAGCACACUCGAGCAAAACGGGACAUAAUCAAUCCAUGCCUCCUAUUAAGUCCAAAUUUUGCGCUUGUUUCAAAUUUUACUUGAAGCAAGGUUGCCCUGAAGACUCCCGAAAUCUCUCUCUCUCUCUCUUUCUCUCUCUUGGAACUGUAAAGUGAACAUGGCAAAAUAAUUUAGGGUGUUUUUUUCAAAUUUCCUUUAUUUUUGGCUGAAUGGAAAUAAAUAAUGAAAAAGGAUUUUUAAUGACACCAAGUAUUGCCACUUGGAAAAGAGAUAUUUCAUUGCUCAUUGAAAAGUAUGGCUUCACAAUGAUGAUUUGCGGAUUGUCCUUUCCUUUCUUUUGCGUUGAAAUCUGAAAAUCAAAGAGCAAAUUCCUCUAUGAAAUCAUUUCUUGUUACGUUUGUGUCCGGAAAACGAACCAACACCUUUGUUACUCAAUCAUUUUUUACGAUUCAGAUAACAGUCGAUAAAGGGUUUACGUAUUUGUCAAAAAUAUAACUUGUCCACUUUAAGCAGUGUGACGGCUUAUAGCAAUUAAAAAAGUUCUAUGGGGGACCAAGAAGAGAUACUGGGAAACUAUGGGAGAGUUCUCUGACCUCUCGCCAUUUCUUGAUCGAUGUGAUCACACUGCUCACCAAGGUUAAAACAAAAACUGCGCAAAAAUAUCAUAACAAGUGCUUCAACAACCAGGAAUGGCAGAACAUCGCGGACGGCUUGCAGGAUUUAAGCCAACCUGACCUUGAAAAGGUUCAUAGAUUGACAACCUGAAGAUGGCACCCUCAAAAAUCCCUCCCCCACCCCCAAAAAGACACUCCUAGAUAUUAUACAUAAAACAAACACAAACAAACUACACAAGACCCGCUGGCCCAUUUCCCCUGUCAACGCAAAGGUGACUUCGAGCAAAAUGGAAGGCCUUCAACUUUUUGUAUUUUCAAAUGGCAGGAAAGCCAGACAACUAUUAAGACUAUGUUCCAGUAUUAGCCACUAUUUGCAUGCAUUGUUUUCUUGUCCCUGAAAGAAGAAAAGAACAGUGAGAACCAUUUCAACCAUCCAUAUCUGGGUAUCAUCAACCAAAAGACACCACCAAUCCUUUUCAUUCCUUGCCUGAUUUUGUACCUAUCACACCCAUGCCAUUGAGCUCCCCGAGUAACAGCCAGAACGAAAAAAAGACCAUGUAAAUCAAGAACCGGUUUGAACUCGGUUUAGUCCAGGCAAAGGACAGACAAGAAAAUCAUGUUUUUUAUACAAAUAUCAUAGUGAAUGUGAAUUGCCCUCAAACGUAUCCCCCGCCCUCAAUCUGAGCGUCCAGAUUCGUUUUCGUGGUCCUGGAAUGGCCCCACCUCUCUUGGUUUUUCUGGUUCCCUGGUUCCCUGGUUCCGUGGUCCCCCAACCUUCUUCCCUUCUUGGACCCUUAGACAAUUUGUUUCUCUUCAACCAUAGUAAAUGCAUGUAUUGGUUCCAAUCAUUGCUCCACGAACAAUCUACUCCAUUCUCCUCCUCAUUGUACUGACUUGAAACCCUGAAUGACAAUUCUUUCUUGAUCACCCUGAAGAAUGAAAUGCUGGUUCAUGCAAAAGAAACAAACUUGUAAAAAAGACGCUCAAAUGGGAACCAAAACCACCCGAAACCAUUUGAGGCGUCAAAAUGUCAGUGGUUAAGAAAACCUUUCCCCUUCCUACAAUCCCCAAGAUCAUCGCUAUAUACACACAAAAUGAUGGAACGAAACUAUUAUUACUAUGAUUACUACCACUACUACUACUAUUAUUAUUAUCAUUAUUACUAUUACUACCACUAUGAAUACUAACACUAUUCACCAAGCUUGAUGAAAUGCUAAUCGUAUAAUUAAACAAUGUGCAAAAAUCGAUGACAACAAUAUUUGCAAACACAACAAUGUGAUCAGAACUCUCCGAGUCAUAGGCGUUGAUGAAAUAUACCAAUUUGCUUUGCAUGAUAUUAACAAUGAA